AUGACCUCGAGACCAUUGACAGCUUCCGGCCCGGACCCCACCGGCUGGACAUCGCAGUCGUCGCAGCGGGAGCUUUGGCGCGAGAUGGGUUUGGAGCCCGGCUUGUUCCGAGCUCAUUUGGUCAAGGAGCUCAAAGACUUAGAGCAGCUCAAGCCGCAGAAGCUCCUCAGCGAGCUCACACCACUAGGCAUUUCAGGCCUCUUUGAGAAGAGUGAGUUGCUCCAAGCCUUGCGAAAGGUUCGCCUUUGGCAAGCACUGCCUGCUGCGCAACUGCAGCCGCUUUUGGAGCGGCCAGCCAGCCAGGCAACGAAAAGCCAGCUCCUAAGUGAGCUGAUCUCUCAACACUUUGGUGCCCCUCGUUCUCGCCAUGGCAACAUUUUUGAGACCAAGACCAGCCCCACCAAUGGAGGCCAAAGCCAGCAAAGUCAACAAAGUUUUCCUCGCAGCAAAAUGGGCGGAGGCCGAUCUGCAGCGACACCCGGCGCGGGAUAUGUGAACUAUGCCUCUGGCAUUGGCUCUCAGGCGUUUCGGAGUAACCUGGCUGCGCAAAACAUCCCACAGAAAAGCGAUCUGCCGCAGUGGCCUCGGAGCGACAUCCCCCGUCGCGUUCCAGACCCUCCGGCGGCGCGGUCGUCGCCGGCUCCGAAGGCCGCACCUCCGCAGGUGGUUGCUGCCUUCCGUGCUUUGCUGUUAGAUCCCACAGCGAAGGAAGAAGAGGUCAAAAAGUCCUUCCGCAGGCUUGCGAAGCAGUACCAUCCGGACAAGCAGGCCGAGGGCGUCGACUUGGAGGUGGCGAAGGAGCGAUUUCAACGCAUCAAGACCGCCUACGAGACCUGCAUGGACUUCCUAGAGGUUUAG